UAACCACUCGUUAAUUAUCCUUAUAUUAAUUAUUAUUCUAGUUUAUAUAUAAGAAUAACUAUAAUGUAUCUUUGAACACUCUAAGUAAAAUGUUCCUGCUGGGAAUAAAUUAUUAAUAACUGAUAUAUGUGUAAGCACAGCUGAUGAUGAUUCACCAUUACAAUUCAUAAUGCAUAAUAACAACAGCUAUAAUGUGUUACACAUUUUAUUAACAUUUAUAGCCAUCCUUAUAAUGCCUUAUGAAUGCUUGUGAAUUGAUGAGACUCUACCAUCAUCAAUGAAAGAUCUUGGUGAAAAAAUAAUGCACCCCUGGAUUGAAAUAAGUCUUGUGACAUUGCAGCUUAUUGCAGUCUCUCCCAGUCUCCUGGAAGUUACGGGAGUCUACCGCAUAUCAAUAGCGGAUCCCUGAUGCCCACAUGUCAGAUUAAAUCUCCCGGAAUCUAGAGCGAGUGGCCCAAGAGUGAACACAAACACAAACACAGGCAAAACAGACUUUUUUACCCCAAAAUGUGUGUGAACGAGAGGGAGAGAGAGAGAAAGGCGUUCUCCUCGUGUGCAUUUUUAUAAAGCACAUGCAGUACAGAGUGGGUUCUGAUUGGCCUGUUUUCUGCAAAGAGUCUGUAAGUCAGUGGCUACUUUUUUUGGCCAGGCAUUGUAUUAUUAUCAUAUGCCUGGCUAUAUAGGAAACAAAAGUCAUAAUAUGAGAUUACUUAUUAUUUGUUAUACAGUUAUUUGUAAACUGGGAAAAUAGUGAUGUAAGGAGAGAUGAUGAUAUUAUAAUAAAGUCACUAAACUGAUUACAGGUCUGGUCUGUGUGAGAAGGGUAAAUCUUUAUAAAUAAACUCUGUAUAAAACUUUGAAUUGAAUGUGUUUAAAACCUGCACAGGAGGCUGAUGUGUGAAUCUGAAUAUAAGUAUAAGCUGUGGUGCCUGGCGCCCCCUGCCGGUCUCAGUCUGUACUCAGUUCAGAGCAGUGUGUGUUUAUAAAGGCGGCAUCAUGGCGGUGAGGUGGGGGAUCUGCAGCGCCGGGAAAAUCAGCCACGACUUUACUGUAGCUCUGAAGACCCUCCCUGAGGAAGACCACCAGGUGGUGGCUGUGGCGGCACGAAAUCUCCAGCGUGCUCAAGAAUUCGCACAGAAACACAACAUCCCCACGGUGUAUGGCAGCUAUGAGGAACUGGCCAGAGAUCCCAACAUCGAUGUGGUUUACGUGGGAACCAUCCAUCCACAACAUCUUCUGGUGGGUGUCCUCUUUAUGAACUCCAAGAAGAACAUUCUGUGCGAAAAACCUCUAGCAAUGAACGAAAGAGAAGUGCAGGAACUGGUGGCCACAGCAAAGAAGAACAAUGUUUUUUUGAUGGAGGCCGUGUGGACGAGGUUCUUCCCCGCCUCGCUGGAGAUCUCCAGGCUGCUGUCUCAGGACGCCAUAGGGGAGGUGAAGGUGGUGAAAGCGGAUUUUGGCGUGCCCCUGCUGAACACCCCUCGCUCUGUGGAGAAGGAGCUGGGUGGGGGUGCGCUGCUGGAUAUCGGUAUCUACUGUCUCCAGUUUGUCCUCAUGGUGUACGACGGGGAGAAGCCUGAGAGCAUCCAGGCCACUGGAGUCUGUCUUAACACAGGAGUGGAUGAAAGCAUGGUGAUUACGAUGAAGUUCUCGCGGGGCAGACUGGCAGUGUGCUCAUGCACAGUAUCUGCAGAACUUCCAAAUGAUGCCAUUAUCAGUGGGACUAAAGGAACCAUCAAGAUCCCGGCUCAUAUGUGGUGUCCCACGUCACUGAUAGUGAACGGUAAAGAGACGCAGUAUCCAGUGCCUGAGCCUUAUCUACCGCUGAACUUCAUCAACAGCACGGGUAUGAGAUACGAGGCUGAGGAGGUGCGGCAGUGUCUGCUUAAAGGUCUGAAGGAAAGCUCCAGGAUGUCCCACGCUGACUCAGCUCUGCUGGCGGAGAUCAUGGAUGAAGCUAGAAGACAAGUUGGGGUGGUCUACAGCCAGGACCACCUGUGACCCUGUACAUCACCUGUUUAGCUGUUUAACAAUAAACAGAAUUUGGUCA